CUCCUCCUCCUCCUCCUCCGCCAUGCUGUACCCCGAGGUGUACCGCGAUGAGGCUGCGGUGCAAGAUUACCAUGGCUGUAAGAUCUGUGACCCCUACAUCUGGCUCGAAGAUCCCGACAGCGAACAGACAAAGGCGUUCGUGGAGGCCCAAAACAAGAUCACCAUGCCCUUUCUGGAGCAGAGCCCAGUCCGCGGCUUGUUCAAGGAGAGGAUGACCGAGCUGUAUGACUACCCCAAGUAUAGCUGCCACUUCAAAAAGGGCAAGAGGUAUUUUUAUUUCUACAAUUCAGGACUACAGAACCAACGGGUGUUGUAUGUGCAAGACUCCUUGGAUCAGGAGCCCAGGGUAUUUCUAGAUCCCAACAAACUGUCAGAUGAUGGCACUGUGGCCCUGAGGGGCUACGCCUUCAGUGAGGAUGGCGAGUAUUUUGCCUAUGGGCUGAGCUCCAGCGGCUCCGACUGGGUGACCAUCAAAUUCAUGAAGGUGGACGACCUGAAAGAGCUCCCGGACGUCCUAGAGCGGGUCAAGUUCAGCUGCAUGUCCUGGACCCACGAUGGGAAGGGGAUGUUCUACAACAGUUACCCCAAGCAGGAUGGGAAGAGCGAUGGCACCGAGACAUCCACCAAUCUGCACCAGAAGAUGUUUUACCAUGUGUUGGGCACUGACCAGUCAGAGGACGUUCUGUGUGCGGAGUUCCCCGAAGAGCCGAAGUGGAUGGGUGGAUGUGAGAUGUCCAGUGAUGGCCGCUACGUCUUACUGUCCAUCCGCCAAGGGUGCGACCCGGUGAACAGACUGUGGUACUGCGAUCUGCAGCAGGAACCCAAUGGGAUAACAGGCAUCCUGAAGUGGGUGAAGCUGAUAGACAACUUUGAUGGAGAAUAUAGCUAUGUGACAAACGAGGGGACGUUGUUCACGUUCAAGACCAACCUUCAUGCUCCCAACUAUCGUCUCAUCACCAUCGACUUUGAUGAUCCCGACGAAUCCAAGUGGAAGGUGCUUGUCCCUGAGCAUGAGAAAGAUGUUUUGGAAUGGGUAGCUUGCGUCAGGUCCAAUUUCCUUGUCUUGUGCUACCUCCACGAUGUGAAGAAUAUCCUGCAGCUGCACGACCUGGCAAGCGGUUCUCUCCUCAAGACCUUCAACCUGGAGGUGGGCAGCAUCGUGGGCUACAGUGGCCAGAAAAAGGACACGGAGAUCUUUUAUCAGUUCACGUCGUUCCUCUCUCCAGGCACCAUCUACCACUGCGACCUCACCAAGGAAGAGCUGGAGCCGACGGUUUUCCGAGAGGUGACGGUGAAGGGGAUCAACGCCUCCGAUUUCCAGACAGUGCAGGUUUUCUACCCGAGCAAAGAUGGCACCAAGAUCCCAAUGUUCCUCGUGCAUAAGAAGGGACUCAAGUUGGAUGGAUCGCACCCUGCGUUCCUCUAUGGCUAUGGUGGAUUCAACAUUUCCAUUACACCGAGCUACAGUGUAUCCAGGCUGAUCUUUGUCAGACAUCUGGGAGGUGUCCUGGCUGUGGCUAACAUCCGUGGAGGUGGCGAAUAUGGAGAGACUUGGCACAAAGGUGGAAUCUUGGCCAAUAAGCAGAACUGCUUUGAUGACUUCCAGUGUGCGGCUGAAUACCUCAUAAAGGAAGGUUACACUUCCCCAAAGACCUUGACCAUUAAUGGUGGUUCCAAUGGAGGCCUCUUAGUGGCCGCAUGUGCGAAUCAGCGCCCCGACCUCUUUGGCUGUGCCAUCGCCCAGGUGGGUGUCCUGGACAUGCUCAAGUUCCAUAAAUACACUAUCGGCCAUGCCUGGACCACGGACUACGGAUGCUCCGACAGCAAAGAACACUUCGAAUGGCUCAGCAAGUAUUCUCCGCUCCACAACGUCAGGCUCCCGGAAGGAGACGGGAUCCAGUACCCGUCCAUGCUCCUGCUGACCGCCGACCACGACGACCGUGUAGUCCCCCUCCACUCCCUGAAGUUCAUCGCCACGCUGCAGCACACCGUGGGCCGUAGUCAGAAGCAGACCAACCCCCUGCUCAUCCACAUUGACACGAAGGCCGGCCACGGUGCAGGGAAGCCCACUGCCAAAGUCAUCGAGGAGGUCUCUGACAUGUUUGCUUUCGUUGCCCGGUGCCUCAAUCUCGAGUGGAUCGCAUGAGGGGGAAGGGGUGGUCACAUGCCGCAGGGUCCCGGGGAACUCGAGGGUUUUAAUAAAGCUGAAGCGGAGAUGCCACCCGGCAUCGUAUGUGGAAGGACUCGGUUCCUCCCCUUGCAAGCCGCCGUUUGUCAUUUUGGUUCAGCCAGGGCCAUCGUGGCAUCUCCUUGGUGGAGUUCUGUUUGAGCCGUGUUUGGGCAGGGUUUUAAAAUAGCAUGUUGGCCGGGGAGCCGCACGUUAGGUGGCUCGUGCUGCCAGGGGUCCCCAGGGCCUGGGUGGGGUGAUAUUCCUCUGAAACGUUUGAGCGUCCAUCGCUCCCAGAGCUGCUCUCAGCUCCCCUCUAAUCGGUGCAAGGCUGUUGUAGCAAACAUUCGUAAUUUCUCUACAAAUAUAAUAAAUGUUAUUUAAGGAA